AUGUCAGAUUUCAGGAUGACGGAGGAAGAGAUGAUCGCCGACGAUCCGCCUGAUGACCAGUUCAAGUAUGUUGUACCGCUGAAACUGAAAGGCUUCAAUUUACGUCGAAAAAAGUGGCUUGACCUCAAUGUCGAUCAACUCUCAGAUGUGCAAUGGAACAAGGCCGCAUUCAAGAACUUGGUAGUUGAAAGCAAAACUAAGGACCUUAUCCAGGCCUUGGUCAGUAAGCAACUAUCCAUCGAGAAAUCAACUGACCUCAUCGAAGACAAAGGGAAUGGACUGAUAUUGCUUCUACACGGCGGACCGGGCACUGGCAAAACUCUUACCGCCGAAUCUGUCGCCGAAAUUGCCGAAAAACCUUUAUACAGAGUGACUUGCGGGGAUAUAGGCAUUAAGGCUGACGAGGUAGAGCAGUAUCUCGAGUCUGUUCUUCACCUUGGGAAAAUAUGGGGCUGCGUCGUGCUUCUAGACGAGGCUGAUGUAUUCUUGGAACAACGGACGCUCGAAGACUUAGCACGGAAUGCACUUGUAUCCGUCUUCCUACACGUCCUCGAAUACUACGACGGAAUUCUCGUGCUCACAAGUAAUCGCGUCGGAACAUUCGAUGAGGCGUUCAGGUCUCGGAUCCAGCUUGCGCUCCAUUACGCUGACUUACAGGAGUACCAACGACAACAGAUCUGGAGCAAUUUCAUCACUCGAUUAGAGGGUUUUGAGGAGGAUAUCGACAUAUCAGAACUGCGAGACAAUGUGCAGCGUCUCGCGAAAGAAGAGAUGAACGGACGACAGAUCCGGAACGCGAUAACAACAGCGCGACAGUACGCCGAAUGGAAAGGAGAGAAGUUGACAUACAAGCAUCUGGAAUAUGUCAUUGAGGUCAGCGGCCGCUUCGACAAGUAUUUGGACAAAUUGAAUGGGGGUUGA